AAGAGAGAACUGCGAUGUUUGAGAAGGUAGUCGACAUCGUUAAGAGCGCCAACGGCGUACACACGAAGCAAAUAUACAAGCAACUAAAUGCAGACGUUGGUUCCAUGACUCAACUCAAGCAGAAGCUUCUGAAGAACUUGGAAAACAACCACAAAAUAGUAAAGAAACAUUCGCUUAGAUUAGAAAAGGUCAACAGCAGCCAACCACUCCCAAAGCUAUCGAAUAAAUCAAAUUUAGUCACCCUCCCGGAUGGCACAAAGGCAAUAGCACACUCACAGUGGCUCUGGUAUACACCUGAGAGCACACCUGCUCAAUUCUCGGAAGCCUCCACAGACAAUCUCCAUAACGUUCUUCCACCUCACAACAGCAUGAGGGCUGAGAAGAAGCAGGCACACCUUGACCAAGUCAAAUUCAACAGAGAGAAUAGAGAAGUUCCAAAGGUCGCACCUCCUAAGGAUCUCCUCGAUGGCUUCCAGGCUCCUAGUGAACUCCACACCUCCGUCAAAGACGGUCUCUCCAGACAUAGACAGCAGCAAAAAGUGGUGAAAAAUCUCAAAUACUGGCAGAAAGUAGCAGGAAAAGUCAGUAUAGCCGAAGAGGCGUUCAGGAAAGGUCAAGAAAGUGCCCGCUAGAUACUUAUUUCUCUGUAUUAUUCUAUAUGCAUAAAUUAUCACUUAAUUCGUCAGUGCAACUUUGUCUUCAAGUGGCUCAUUAGUUGGUGGUGAUGGAAGUUCCUGUGGUGUUUCCUCCACAGUCUCUUCGCUCUUCUUACUCUCUUCAAAGAGUUGCCUGUAUUCCGCUUCGAUCUCAUCUUCCAUUUCAGUACUAAUUUCUGCGCCGCCAGGACGAGCAAUUGCUUGUUCAAUCUCGUUGUGAUCUGCGAGAGUAUCUGAGAGGCUGUCCAUCGUAUUCUCCACCCUGUCUCUGUCCAAUUCUGGGGCUUUAAGGAGCGUCUUGAGGGUAUC